AUGUCCGACCUCAACCCCCUCCUGACCCUGCAAGCCGUCCGCUCGCGAGCCCACCUCGUCCUCGACCUCGCGAAGCAGAACGCCCUGAACCACUUCGAUUACCAUCCCGAAAGGCUCGAUGAAACGGUGGAAUAUGUUAUUGGGAUUAUCCAGAGAGACUUCGGCCCAGACCGCUACGACACGAUCCCGCCCCACGGCCGGUGGCAGCACUUCGAGGUCGGCUCGGUCCCGCGAAUCGAUAAGUUACUAAAGCAAUGGGGCGAGCGCGGAUACGACGCGAAAGAGAAAGUGCGGAGUCUGCUCGAUCUGUUCUUUGUUUCGGUGCUGCUGGAUGCGGGGGCGGGGGAUUUGUGGACGUUCACCGAGCCUGGGACUGGGAAUGUUUAUAAUAGGAGUGAGGGGAUUGCGGUUGCGAGUCUCUAUAUGUUUUUGGGUGGGGAGUUUGCGGGGGAGAUUGGGACUGACGGAGACGGGAGGAAGGAUAUCGUUACUGGUGAGGGGUUGAAAAGUUUCAGUGUUGAGGCGCUAUACCGCGGGUUCCAGAUCAACGACGAGACGAACCCGCUUGUCGGUGCGGCGGCGAGAGUCGAGAUACUCCAGAGACUGGGCGCGUCGUUGUUGGAGAAUAAGGAGAUCUUCGGCGAGGCGGGAAGGCCCGGUGGGCUUGUUGACCACCUCACCCGCAACGGAACCGACAACCUCGAUUACGCCGAGCUCUGGAGCACACUGCAAACCCUCCUCAUCCCAAUCUGGCCGUCAGAUCGAACAAAAGUAGCCGGGAAGCCUAUCGGCGAUGCCUGGCCGUUGUCAGCACUCCGUAAGCACGAGUCGACAGCAAACCUCGACCCCGCAACAGCCACAAUCGCGCCCUUCCACAAGCUCACCCAGUGGCUCGCAUACUCGCUUAAAGUCCCCUUCGAGCGGCUUCUUGGCACGGCAUGGACGAAUGCGGAACUGGGCACCGGUCUGCCGGAGUACCGCAACGGCGGGCUCUUUGUCGAUAUGGGUGUGCUCUCACUAAAGCCAGGAGCACUGGAACGUGGUCUCAGAACCUCCGGCGGUCCAUUACCCUGCUUUGGUGCAGGUGAUGAUGAGAUUGUUGAGUGGAGGGCGAUGACGGUCGCGCUGUUGGACGUUCUGCACCAGCGCAUUAACGAGAGUGGACGUUUCGGCGAUGUGAAGCUAUCACUGCCGCAGGUUUUGGAAGCUGGAUCGUGGAAAGCCGGGAGGGAGACUGCGGCACAGAAGCGACCGGAGACAAGGUCGAGUCCGAUUCUGAAUUCGGGGGAUGGGACGUUGUUUUAG